GGGAGCGCACUGCACAAACCGCAGCGGUCCUCGCCUUUCCUCCUUUCUUCCUCCUCCGUUUCCUUCGCCUCGUCCUCGUCCUCCACCUCCGGCGAGCGGCGCUUGUGUUCCCAGCCAGCAGACAGAACUGAAAUCUCUCCGGGAAGCUCCACGUGGCCCCUCUGGGAGAGAGCCGUGUUUGGAAACAGGGAGCAGGUGGGCGGGAGACGCCCCGAAAUCCAGCAGCCCCCCGGAGCCGGACGGAGCUUCGAUAAAAAAAAAUCUCACGUCAAGGAGAGGACGCGAUUUGGCAGCUUGUCAGAACAGCCCCCGAGGAGGAGAGCUGUGUGUUUUGAUAGGAGCUGGACCCUUUACUCAGCCUGCGUGUGCGUGUGUGUGUAUGUGUCUGUGGACACACAGUAGCUGCUGAGACUGAGUUUGUGUCAGUGCACACGCAAGCGUGCGCGCGUGUGCCUGUGUGUGUGUGUGUUCCUCGCUGUUAGAAGCACAUCCCUCUCUCUCUCUCUCGCUUUCUCUCUCUCUCUCUCUCUCUCUGUUUCCCUCUCUCUCUCUCUGCCCGGGCUCGCUGCUUCUCCUCCCAGCCCCGAGAACGUGCUCAGAAAGCGGCGUGGGAAGAUGCCGGCCAUUCGGGUGGCCUCCAAGAUGAAGUCUGGACUGCCCAAACCCGUGCACAGCGCCGCGCCCAUCCCGCAGGUCACAGCCUGGAAGCAGGGGGUGGGCAAGUCCUCCUACUCCAGCCAGGUCUCCCUCAAGCCCCCCCACAGGAGCAGCGCCGAAGGCGACGGGGGGGCUCCCCUCAAAACCACCGCGCCGCCGGCGGAGAACGGAGCGGAAGCCCAGAUUUAUACGGAUUGGGCGAACCAUUAUCUUGCCAAGUCGGGGAACAAGCGCGUUAUCAAGGACCUUCAGCAGGAUGUCACCGAUGGAGUGUUGCUUGCAGAGAUCAUACAGGUCGUAGCCAAUGAGAAGAUUGAAGACAUCAAUGGGUUCCCUAAGAGUCGGUCUCAGAUGAUUGAAAACAUUGAUGCCUGCCUGAGCUUCCUGGCAGCCAAAGGCGUCAAUAUUCAGGGGCUGUCUGCAGAAGAGAUCCGCAAUGGGAAUCUGAAGGCCAUUUUGGGACUCUUCUUCAGCCUGUCCCGCUACAAGCAGCAACAGGCCCAAAAGCACACCUCCCAACCCCACGCCCAGCACCACCACCACCACCACCACCACCAGCCCGUGUCCCACCAGACCAGCACCCCCACCCAGCAGCCCCAGAGCCAGGCUGGGACCCUCAUUCACGGCCAACUGCACACCCCGUCUGCACAAGCACAGAAAGCACAAGCGGAGAUGCAAUCCAGGGAUUCCUCUCACAGUAAACUUCUCAAGGGUCAGAGGAAGUGCUCUAGGCUCCCGGGCCCCACCACGAGGAUGUCAGCUGCUGGCAGCGAGAGCAAGCCCAGGGGCCCAGCCAGCGCCAGCGCCAGCGCCAGCAACAGCAACCGCCGCAGCCAGAGCUUCAACAGCUUCGACAAGUCCAAGCCCCCGCCUCGGCCCGACAGCGCCCACGAGAAAGAGCCACCAGAGGGUAUCAACACCCAGUCUUCUGGGAUGGCUGAACAUGCCCCACCUUCAGGGCCCAUCAGCACCUCCAGCAGCACAUCCACCUUCAACAGCACCAACUCCACCUCCUCCUCCUCCUCAGCCAUCCCCCAGCCCAGCUCCUCCAGCAAGCCCUGGCGGAGCAAGUCCCUGAACGCCAAGCACAGCGCCACCACCUCCAUGUUCUCCGUAAAGCAGGAUCCCCCCAAGCUGUCCCUGCCGCCCGUCGAGACCCCCCCAAAAGCCGCCCCAGUCCCACAGAAGUCCAUGCUGGAGAAGCUCAAGCUGUUCAACAGCAAAGGGGGAUCCAAAUCAUCCGGCGGGGGGGCUGGGACGGACAGCGCGGUUGCCCGGGAGACGGGCGCGGAGAAGGCGGAGGUCGGCUCCAACACGGACCCCCUGGAGGAGGCGGAGGGGAACGCGCGGCCCGUAAACGGCACGGGCGCCGCCCUCUCCAGCAGCCCCAAGAUCGCCCUGAAGGGCAUCGCCCAGCGCACCUUCAGCAGGGCCCUCACCACCAAGAAGAGCUCCCUGAAGGUCGCCGAGAAGGACAAGGACAAGACCAAGGAGAAGGACAAAGCCAAGGACGCCUCCAAGCGCGUGUCCGUCACGGAGAGGGCGGAGCUGAAGGAGGGGCCGAAGGAGGAGGCAGCCCCCGUUCAGGAGGCGGAGCAGAGGAAGGCCUCGAAGAUCACCAGCUUUAUCCCCAAGGGGGGCAAGGCGAGCGGUGCCAAAAAGGAGGGCUCGGCCCAAGCGCACAGCGGCAUACCAAAGCCAGGAGCCAAGGCCUCCGGGGCGGGGAAGACCUCGGCGGCGCCCUCCUCUGGUAAGGAUGGGGAGCGGCCGCGCAGCAUGAGGCUGAGCGGGGGGCUGUCCCUGUACAAGGGCCAGCUGGACGGCAGGAACUCCAGCUCCUCCUCCAGCCUGGCCUCCACCGAGGGCAAGGCCCAGCAGCCCAGCGGCGCCGCCCUCAUGGCCGGCGCGGGCACAACACAGUCGACGGCCAGCAACACUGUCAGCGUUCAACUACCUCAUCCUCAGCAGCAAUACAGCCACCCCAACACUGCCACCGUCGCCCCCUUCAUGUACAGGUCACAGACGGACGCUCCGGGGACGACGGCGGCGGCGGCGACCGAGGCGGGGUCGGGAGGAAGCGGGGACGCGGUCGUCUUCGGCAAGCCCGUCCAGUCCUCCAUGGAGGACCUCGCAGGUGAAGACCCGGAGGCCCGGCGGUUAAGAACGGUCAAGAACAUCGCGGACCUGCGGCAGAACCUGGAGGAGACCAUGUCCAGCCUGCGCGGGACCCAGAUCACACACAGCACCUUAGAGACCACCUUCGACGGCAGCGUCACCACGGAGAUCAGCGGGCGCGGCGUGCUCAGCAUGGCGUCCCGCUCCACGCCGCUGUCGUGGCGACUGGGCCAGACCAGCCCCCGGCUGCAGGCGGGCGACGCGCCCUCCAUGGGGAACGGCUACCCGCCGCGGGCCAACGCCAGCCGGUUCGUGGGCUCGGAGAGCGGCCGCUACCUGUACUCCGGCCCCCUGCGCAGGCAGCUGGGCGCCCGCGGCAGCGCCGUCUGCGGCCCGGACCUGGCGGACAAGGUGGAGGAGCUGGACCUGGAGGGCAUCGGCGUGGACGCCCCGGGGUACAUGAGCGACGGCGACGUGCUGAGCAAGAACAUCCGGGCCAGUGAUGUCACCAGCGGGUACAUGACGGACGGAGGACUGAGCCUGUACACGCGGCGGCUGAACCGCCUGCCGGACGGGGUGACGUCGGUCAGGGAGGCCCUCCAGCGCAAGGCCUCCACGGGCCAGGUGGACGCCGACAGUUGGGACGACAGCAGCUCGGUCAGUAGUGGUAUCAGCGACACAAUUGACACAGAUGACAUCAACACCAGCUCCUCCAUCAGCUCCUACGCCAACACACCAGCCACCCCCCGAAAGGGCGUAGACGUACAGCACCAGACAGACGCGGAGAAGCACUCGUCCGUGGACCGCGCCGUCAUGUGGUCCAGCGACGAGGUGCGCAGGUCGGACGGGGGCUCUGACAGCGGGGUCAGGAUGGAGCCCGGCUCCAAGUGGCGGCGCAACCCCUCGGACGUCUCGGACGAGUCGGACAAGAGCCCCUGCGGCCGGCCGGCCCCCGCCAUCUCCCAGACCGGCUCCUGGAGGCGGGGCAUGACCGCCCAGGUGGGCAUCACCGCGCCCCGCACCAAGACGACAGCGCCGGCGGUCUCCAGCGGAGUCAAGACUCACGGGACCGGUAAAACGGAUGACGCCAAGGUGUCGGAGAAGGGCCGGCUCUCGCCCAGGUCCAGCGGCAUCCAGCGCUCGCCCUCGGACGCUGGGCGGAGCAGCGGGGACGAGGCCAAGAAGCCCCCCUCGAGCACAUCUCGCACCCCGACCAACACCUUCGGCUUCAAGAAGCAGGGGUCCGGCAUGACCUUCAUCACGGCCAGCGGGGCCACCAUCACCAGCGGCUCGGCCACCCUGGGCAAGAUCCCCAAAUCCUCCGGCCUCAUCGGAGGGCGCUCCUCGGGCCGCAGGGACGGCCAGCAGGCCCAGGACGAUGGCUACCUGCCCGUCAGCGCCCGCGCCAACCUGCAGUACCGGAGCCUGCCCCGCCCCAGCCGCAAUGGCGCCCGCAACGGCAACCGCUCCUCCACCAGCAGCAUCGAGUCCAACCUCAGCAGCAAGGCCGCCGCGCUCCCUGGGCCCAGAGCCCGCGAACCCGCCAAGGCCGCCGGUGGGAACCCCCUGUGUUCAGCCAAUCAGACGGACCGCGAGAAGGGUGUGUCCUCGGAUGCAGAGGUGGUGAUGCCCUGCGGCUCCAUCAAGGCAAGCCCCACGUCCCAAAGUGGAGGGGGCCUGGUGCCCCAGGGAGGGAGGCAACAAGGAAGCAAGUACGCCGAUGUGUCGUCCCCAACCCUGCGCAGGCUCUUUGGGGGCAAGCCCAGCAAGCAGGCUCCAGUCACCACGGCAGAGAACAUGAAGAACUCCACGGUCAUCUCUAACCCCCACGCCACCCUGGGCCAGCAGGGGGCGCUGGACUCGCCCUCGAGCGGCACGGCACUGAGCAGUGGGGGCAGCAGCCCCCUGUACGGUGCCCGGGUGGGUGGAGUGGGAGAGCCGGCCCUCUCCUCGCUGGCCUCCAGCCCUGGCUCGGCCUACUCCGCCCCCACCAACAGCCUGACCUGGGGCACCACCCUCAGCAGCUCCUCCGCCCUCAGCAAGGAGGGCCUGGGCUACCCGUCGGUCAGCAGCCUGCACACCAGCUGCGAGUCCAUCGACAUCUCUCUGGGCAGCGGGAGCUUGGGACACCAGGGCCCCAGCAAGGAGGAGGCGCUUUCCCUUCUUGUCAGGACCGGCCUAUCAGAAAGUCCCCUGUCUUCCCCCUCUGCUAGUCCUAAAUUCAGCCGAAAUACCUUACCUCGGAAGCAGGACAGUGACCUGCACCUCCACAGAAACACACUGCCAAAGAAGGGACUCAGGUACGCCCCGUCGCCCCAGCUGCGCAGUCACGAGGACGCCAAGGAGUGGCUGCGCUCCCACUCUGCGGGCGGGCUGCAGGACUCCGCCAGCAACUCGCCCUUCUCCCCCGGCUCUAGCAUCACCUCGCCCUCCGGGACCCGCUUCAACUUCGCUCAGCUGCCAGCCAGCCCAACCACAGCUGCGCAGAUCAACCUGGCCAACCUACGCACAAAUUCCAUGUCCAAUCAGGAGGGUCCGUACGACCCUUACAGCGACUCCCGCCUCCGCAACUCCUCCAUGUCGCUGGACGACAAGUCCCGUACCAUGAGCCGCUCCGGCUCCUUCAGGGAUGGCUUUGAAGAAGUUCAUGGCUCAUCACUGUCUCUUGUAUCCAGUACCUCCUCUAUCUACUCAACGCCUGAAGAAAAAUCGCAGUCAGAGAUCCGCAAGCUGCGGAGAGAGCUGGACGCUUCCCAGGAGAAGGUGUCCGCACUUACGACGCAGCUUAGCGCAAACGCUCACCUGGUGGCCGCCUUCGAGCAGAGCCUGGGGAACAUGACCAUCCGGCUACAGAGCCUCACCAUGACCGCCGAGCAGAAGGACUCCGAGCUGAACGAGCUGAGGAAGACCAUCGAGUUCCUGAAGAAGCAGAACGCCGUGGCGCAGGCAGCCAUCAACGGGGUGAUCAACACGCCAGAGUUGACCUGCAAAAGCCAGGGGAAUGGAAGUGCCUCGGACAACGGUGAGUCGCAGCCGGACCUGCGCAUCCGCAGACAGCACUCCUCGGACAGCGUGUCCAGCAUCACCAGCGCCACCAGCCACUCCAGCGUGGGCAGCAACAUGGACCAGGACGCCAAGAACAAGAAGAAGAAGAAAAACUGGUCUUCUUGUACAGGAGGAAAGGUGAAUACACUACGGAGCUCUUUCAAGCAGGCAUUCAGCAAAAAGAAGUCGCCCAAGUCGGCAUCCUCGCAUUCGGACAUCGAGGAAAUGACCGACUCCUCCCUGCCCUCGUCCCCCAAGCUUCCCCACAACGGCUCCUCGGCCUCUACGCCCGUCCUGAGGAACUCCCAGUCCAACUCUCUGCUCUCGGAGUGCACGGACAGCGAGGCGGAGACCGUCAUGCAGCUGCGCAGCGAGCUCCGCGACAAGGAGAUGAAGCUGACGGACAUCCGCCUGGAGGCCCUCAGCUCCGCCCACCAGCUGGACCAGCUGCGGGAGGCCAUGAACCGCAUGCAGGGUGAGAUAGAGAGGCUGAAGGCUGAGAACGACCGUCUGAAGCUGGAGAGUCAGGGCAGGUGCAGCCGGGCCCCGUCCCAGGUGUCCAUCGCCUCCUCGCCGCACCCUUCUGUGGGACUGUCCCAGCACAGCCUCAACCUGUCAGAGUCCACCAGCCUGGACAUGCUGCUGGACGACAGCGCAGACAGCGGCUCACGCAAAGAGGGGCGACACGUGAAGAUCAUGGUCGUUCUGGAGGAAGACGUCAAACGGAAAGAGGAGUGUAGACCUCGCCACUUUCUUAUCGGCUGCAUAGGGGUCAGCGGCAAAACCAAGUGGGACGUGCUGGACGGGGUGGUCAGGCGCCUCUUCAAGGAGUACAUUGUCCACGUGGACCCGGUGAGCCAGCUGGGCCUGAACUCGGACAGCGUGGAGGGGUACAGCAUCGGGGACGUCCACCGCACCAGUGGGGCCGAGACCCCAGAGCUGCUGCCCUGCGGCUACCUGGUGGGGGAGAGCAACACCAUCUCUGUCACACUCAAAGGCGUGUCGGCGCACAGCCAGGACAGCCUGGUGUUCGAGACGCUGAUCCCCAAGCCCAUGCUGCAGCGCUACUUCUCCCUGCUCCAGGAGCACCGCCGCAUCAUCCUGUCGGGCCCCAGCGGCACCGGCAAGACCUUCCUGGCCAGCCGGCUGGCCGAGCACAUGGUGCUGUGGGAGGGCCGCUCGCUGGCCGACGGGGCCAUCGCCACCUUUAACGUGGACCACAAGUCCAGCAAGGAGCUGCGUCAGUACCUGUCCAACCUUGCAGACCAGUGCAACAGCGAGAGCCACACGGGGGACAUGCCCCUGGUGGUCAUCCUGGACAACCUGCACCACGUGAGCUCACUGGGGGAGCUCUUCAACGGCCUGCUCAACUGCAAGUACCACCGCUGUCCCUAUAUCAUUGGCACAAUGAAUCAGGCCACGUCUUCAACUCCAAAUCUGCAGCUUCACCACAACUUCAGGUGGGUGCUGUGUGCCAAUCACACGGAGCCGGUGAAGGGCUUCCUGGGCCGCUUCCUGCGGCGAAAGCUGGUGGAGACGGAGAUGAGCAGCCGCACGCGGAACAUGGAGCUGGUGAAGAUCAUCGAGUGGAUCCCGCGCGUCUGGCACCACCUCAACCGCUUCCUGGAGGCCCACAGCUCCUCGGACGUCACCAUCGGGCCACGCCUCUUCCUGUCCUGUCCCAUUGACGUAGACGGCUCCAGGGUGUGGUUCACAGACCUGUGGAACUACUCGAUCAUUCCCUACAUGCUGGAGGCAAUUCGAGAGGGCCUGCAGCUCUAUGGGAGAAGGGUGCCCUGGGAGGACCCAGCCAAGUGGGUGAUGGACACGUACCCGUGGGCGGCCAGCCCCCAGCAGCACGAGUGGCCGCCCCUGCUGCACCUGCGGCCCGAGGACGUGGGCUUCGACGGCUACUCCGUCUCCCGGGAGGGCUGCCACAGCAAGCAGGUCCCUCAGAGCGACACUGAGGGAGACCCCCUGAUGAACAUGCUCAUGAGACUCCAGGAAGCAGCCAACUGCUCCAGCCCCCAGAGCUACGAUGACAGCGACUCCAACAGCAACAGUCACCAUGACGACAUCUUGGACUCGUCGCUGGAGUCAACAUUAUGAUGGCUGUGCUCUCUAAAAACAAAAACAAUGAGAAAAUUGUUCUAACCUGAGACAACUACUUGACUGAAAUAAGGUGUCACUGUUGCUCCUUGCUUUUAACCCAUAGCAGUGCAAACCAUUUUCAUUGUUAAAUUGUUGAAAAAAAAAGGGUGCGGGUAACCCAUAGCAGAGAAAAGAAAAACUUUUUUGUAAACGGGGGAGAAAACUGCCCUGCUCUAUUUUUACAGUGGUAUUUAUACAAGGCUUUCGGAAGCCCAGAUUUAUGAUGUGAAAUUUACACAUAAUGACGUGUAUCUGUGGAGUGAAGCGUAGUGCCAUGCCCUUUUCAUCUCACUGAAGGAACUGUUGCCUACGCUGCUGUGAACCAAACAAGCCGCAGGUGGCUGGACCCCUGACAGUUUUGUGUCCUGCGCUCCUCAGCUGCAGAUGGUGCUUGCGUGGUCAUCCUGGUGUACUGAGUCUAGAUCUGCUCCCGCCCCGCCCCGCCCCGCCCCAGCUCUGACCCACGCUCCACCCCUGCUCCAUCCACCUCAGCCCAUCCUGCCCCGCUUUGAUCCUACCAUUUCCCGCCCUAUCCCACGCCUGUCAUGCCAUGCUUCAGCCAAUACUCCCCUACCUCAUCCUGUCUCGCCCAACCCCUGUCCAUUCCCUCCCUCUUCCCGCCCCUAACCGACCCUGCCUGGCCUCACCCUUUCCCACCCCAUCGUACCUCAUCUUUGUGCUACCACUGUCUCAGCCCUGCCCUGCACACAACUGCCCAACCCCUGCUGUAGAACACCCGCUUCUACAACUGCCUUGGUUAUAUGCUGCCCAGUAUUUUGGGGUGACCAUUCUCUCCUUUCCAAGGCAAGCAGUCUUUUAGCAUCUAGCUGCAAAAGUCUGUCAUUAAGCCAGAUGAGUUCUGAUUGGAAACAUCUGAGUGAGAGUGUGAUUUUGCAUCUUAGCCUGAGAGGUUUUACUUGUGUACUUGUUUCAUUCAGUACACCAUAUCUGUUAAGUCUUUUUGAUGUCAAACUUGGAAGGAGGUCUAUUUCCCCUCGAGAUUUGAACCAUUUUAUUCAAGACAAUCUAUUUGACCAGUUGCAUUAUCUUACAGCUGCAGCUGGUUGGAUAUCUCUUGAUGUCGGGCUUUACCUUGAGCAUAUUUUCUUCUUUUAGGGGCAUAGAAACACCUCUACCAUUGUAGCACUUUUCAUGAUACUGUAGCCAAGAAAUCAGAACAUUAUGAGCUUGACCAAUCUGCAGUCUCUGAGAUUAGCAGUUAAAUCUUGGUGCUAAACUUCAGAACAAUGCCUUACUACUUUUGUAAUAACUGCAUUUACGCUAUAUUAGUAUUGUGUCCUUAUUUUGUGCAUAAAACUACAGGGCUGUAGUGUUGCCCACUUCAAAUUCAGCAUUGGACAGGCAAAUAUGAAGUGCUGUGACACUGCUAUCCCUAGUGCCAGGACAUUGGGACGCUGUGAGGCAACAGUGUUUUUGGAUUCCAUAUCAAGUCUUUACAGCUGACUGAUAAAGAAAGGUUUCCUGGAGUUUAGCACUUGUCAAUGUAUUGAGGUUUGUGCCCAGUAUCAGUUCAGAAAAGUGUGCGUCCCGACAGCCCAUCAAGGAGAGGAAAGGUUUCGCUUGGUGCUCAGUCUACGGCCCUGUUUGCCAUGCACUGUACAGACUCUGGAGGAAAAUUACCAGAAGAGACCAUGUUGAUUUUUAGGGUUUUUUUACAGUAUGUAUGCCUAAUGAGCCUUUAAUCUUUCCAUUAUUGUCGUGCUCAUAUUUUUGUAAGAGAAUGAUGUCCCUGCAUGAACCACUUUUGCUGCUUUUUGAGAAAGUUUACUUAAAAACAAUGGGCAAGAGCAAAAAGGCUAGUUUUUGUGGGUGUUUCUUUUAUUUGUUGUCUGACUGAAUUAGGUUUUAAAAAUUCUAAUUGCAAAGAAACAGUACAGCCCAUCUCCAGUCCAGUCAUUACUGUUGAGAUGGGAUACCCAAGAAUACCUGCUAUUUUUUAAAUGAAUGCUGGUGUGUGAAAAUGCAGUUAUGAGAAUUAGCAUGGUAGUGAUCUGGAUUCAGUGUAAAUGGGAUUCUUACUCUUGUAGAGAGGUUUUUGUUUUAUCUGGUUUCAAAGGUCACAGCAUUAAGCAUUUUAACCCUGUUGAGUGAUGCACCACUUCGAUUGUAUCUCACAACUCUUCCAUUGUCUUUCAAAGUUUUACCUGUUCAUUUUGAGUGUUCCCUAGUUACUAGGUCUAUGCAACAUUCAUUUUGAAUUUUCAGUGGAAGCCAAAUUGUUUCCUAGUGUUUUAGGUACUACCACAAAUUGUACAGCAAGUGAAUAGAUGUGUGAAUAAUUUUUGGGUAUGUAUUUUAACUAGCAUUUCUCUGUACAUUUGAAUACAAUUUUUGUUAUUGUCAUUGGAAGCACAGAAAAAAAAGAAGUGUGGUUGUUUGUGUAAUUGUGAAACUUGUGCCAGCUGGAAUUUGGAUGCUGAAUUUUUACGGAAGAUUGCUGUUGAAUCUAGUAAUAUGAAAAGUCUGUUAAUGAACAUGUACUUUAAUAGGUACAUCUUUCUUUGUAACAUAAAAUGUAAAUAUUUGACUACCGUGCUACAUUUUGAUGAAUUUUUCUAGCCAUUUUUAAACAAAACUAUAAAAUAAGUAUUUUACCUACAGUCUGCUUUCAUUCACACAAGUCUUUCCAGGGCAAUGUUGUCAAUAUAUCAUGUGGCUCCCUCAAGAAUAAAUUUGAACACUGUACCAGUCUUAAAUUAUUCAUAAUUCAAUAAAAUGAAUGCUUAUUUAUUAA